CGGGACGGGCCGACCGCAGUCGCAGUACACCGUUCUUCGCUCUCAGACAUCGUCCGUCACCUACAACCGUAUAAUCGUAAUAUUAUUAUUAUUAGCGAAGGAUCGAUUUACUGUGUUUAAAUAUCGUCAUAUUUGUUAACGAUACAUAAUAUCGUCGAAAAGUUUUGCGCACAGUGCUAUCGCGUGCGUUACUCACAUCGUUCGUGUCGCAUUCUACAAUUUUUUCGAGCGUGAAUUAUAUUUUUUUCGCGUACCCACACGAGUUCGUUUCGUUUCGUUUCGCUUCAAUCCGAAAACAGCAGCGACCAUGAAAUCCUUACCUUUGUGCCGCAACAACAACAACAACAGCAGCAGCAAUAACAGCAACGGAGGUUCGACCGGACCCGCGGUGACCGGCGGCCGAGUGCACCGCAAGCGCGGUGACCUGGAAGACGAGAAGAUCCAAAAGUACCUGUCCAAGCUCAAGGACUUGGUGCCGUUGAUACCCAAGGACAAGCGGAUAUCCCGGUUGGAAGUGAUCCAUCACGUGAUCGAUUACAUUUGCGACCUGGAAGACAUGCUGGAGAAUCACAGGUCGGUGAACGCAGACGCCGUACACUCCGCUGCCGCGGCCGUCAUGCUGUCGUCCUCUGUGGCCGCCGUCCGGCAACCGUUGGGCAUCAUAUCGACGCCGAACGCGCUGGCCGCCGCCGCCGCAGCCGUCGCCGUGGCCGCACAACCGCAGUCGUCCUCCGAAUCGACCAUGUCCCCUUCUUCUCGGGCACAAGAUAAGCUGUCGAGUUCGUCAGACACGAGGGCCGUUAGCUGUUAAACAAAACGAACAAUUAAAUAUCAAAGAGAUGUAUCGUCAUACUAUUUCAAAAAACAACACUCGACACACUGUACGUAAACCAAACAGAAAAUGAAUGAUUAAAAAAAAAACGUCGCCCGUCUACGCCGCAGCAGCCUGCAGUGACCAGUAACCGUACCGAGCAACACCGUUUGUCGAACAUACAAGUAUAUAAUAUACCUAUAAAUAUAUAUAUAUAUGUCUGGAGAGAGAAAAUACGUUAUGUAUACACAUACAUUCCAAAUAGAUUCGCCAUACUCUCGGUAGUUGACUCGGUUCUAUCCGUUUCGUCGGAUAGCGCGUUUUUUCUCGCCCACCCCCUCCCCGACACUGUACAGUUUAGGUUUAAGUCCUAAUUGUUAUUAUUAUUUAUUAUUAUUUUAUUAUUAUUAUUAUUAUUAUAUCAUUAUUUUUUUUUCGUUAUGACUGUGAUCCUAUCAAUAUGUAGUCUAGGUUUUAGUAUUUAUCUAUUAUCAUAAUUAUAUUAUUAUAUGUAGACGUCUAGCUCUAGCAGGUAUAUAAUCUUACUACGGUAAAAAAAAAAAAUUAACAAAAUGUUUAUUUAAAUAUAGCCCUAUUUAUAUGUCAACCGGGUGGAUUUCGAGACCCGAUCCUAUAUAGAAAUACUAUGAAGAAGUCCAUUAUAUUAUGUUAAAAACAAAAAAAAAAAAACAAAAAAAAACCAUAACACAAUAUCGUAUUAUAUUAUUGUAUAAUAUAUUA